CUCUCCCCUGCCCCUUGUUUUGCAGCCAGAGCAAUGAGGAGGCUGCUGCUCUGGGCCUGGCUGGCGCUGCUGGGGGGCCCCUGCGAAUCCACCCACCUCGGCCGGCAGUUCAUCACCGCUUUCAUGGAGAACAGUGGCAAGGUCAGAGACACUGACUUGCAGUUGCUCAUCACCGGCUACUCUGCGGUCACCUUGGUCACCGUCACCGCACAGAACUCCACCUUCCAGAGAGAGAUCACGGUGGAGCAAGGGCAGACAGUGAAGGUGCAUUUGCCAGCUUCCAUGGAGAUGGUGGGCAGUGGGAUCUUCAACAGCACUGUGUUGAUCUGUGCUGACAAAGACAUCACAGUCCUGUCCCUCAGCUACAAGCAAUAUACGUCUGAAACCACCGUCGUGUUCCCUGUGGAGAGCAUGGGCAGGUUGUACUAUGCCAUUACGCCCAGCGGCAAGGAGGGUGACCGCUACAAAGAGUUUGCAGUGAUGGCUUGGCAGGACCCCACCAUAGUCAUCAUCCUACUGACAGGAGACGUGACCUUCCGAGGGGUCAAGUACUCGGCAGGAAGCAGACUCACUGUUUUCCUCCAGGCUUUUGAAGCUGCCCAGAUCCAAAGCCGAGAGGACUUAUCCGGCUCCAGGAUCAUGUCAUUGAAACACGUGGCCGUCCUGAGCGGCCACAGCUGCACCUCCAAGCACAGCUCCUGUGACCACGUGGUCGAACAGCUCCUGCCUGUCUCCAGCUGGGGCUCUGCCUUCAUUGUCCCGCCCUUGUCUUUCCAGCCCAAGUUUGACAUGGUGUAUGUCAUAGCCUCCCAGACAAGUCAGCUGAGUUAUCAGUGGGGGAGAGAGAUCUCCAGGAAGGACAUGGUGGCUGGAGAGGUGGUGACCCUUGAGAUCACUCACUCCCAGCCCUUGUAUAUUACCUCCAGUGCUGGAAUCCAAGUUGUCUUCUUCUGCACUGGCUACAGCAAAACUGGCUUCACGUACGACCCCUUCAUCAUCAGCAUCCCUCCCAUCACAAGCUACUGCAGUUCCUACCACCUGGAUGGGAUCAUGGGCUUCAAGAACUAUGCCCUGAUCAUCUCAAAGAGCUCCGAAGCUGGUGUGAUCACCACAGACGGGCGGCCGCUGGGCAGUCUCCAGUGGAAACCCAUCUGGGGCACAGAUUUCUCCUGGGCGGAGUAUGACUUGGGUGAGGGGGUCAGCUCCCACUCUCUGGAGAGCCCCAGUGCCACCUUUGGGGUGCUGAGCAUCGGGAUCUCGGCAAUGUACAUGGGGUACGGCUCGCAGGGUCUCUGCAGAUGUGAUAGUCCACAUGCCUGCAGCAGCCUGGCGUGCAGGAAGAGGGAGAGAUGCAAGAUCACAAACUGCGUCCCGGCCUGCGUGGCCGAGUCCGAAUCCACCUGCCAGGUGCAGGGAGACUGGCGUUACCACACCUUCGACGGGCAGGCUUUCAACCACACGGGCACCUGCUCCUACCUCAUUGCCAGGACGUGUGGGCCGGACACCACCCUCCCGCCCUUCAGCAUCGAGGUCCAGAACCAGCCCAGCUCAGGCCUUUCCUCUCUCGCCACCGUGACGGUCCGUGUCUACAAUGUCACCAUCUCGAUAGACAGAUACUCCAAGGGGCUGAUGCAGAUGAAUGCCCGGAGCUUCCCCAUCGCUGACUUCCCCCACCAGGGGAAACUGAAGGUGUAUCAGAGCGGGGGCUCUGUGGUCAUCCAGACCGACUUCUCCCUGAGGGUCUCCUACGACUGGGGCAGCUCCCUGGUGGUGAAGCUCUCCAGCAGCUUCUCAGAGAGCGUGUGUGGCCUGUGCGGCAACUACAACGGGGACCCCAGAGAUGAUUUCACCACCCCGACCGGGGCGCUGGCUGCCAGCCCUGUGGAGUUCGGGAGGAGCUGGAAGGUGGAGGACGGGGACAGGUUCUGCUGGGACGACUGCCAUGGGCAGUGCAAGAGCUGUUCCCCGGAGCAGGUCGGCAGGUACAAAGCGGAGCCCUUCUGUGGCUGGAUCACCAAAGGGGCGGGCGGCCCCUUCAGCCGAUGCCACUCCAUGAUCGACCCCAAAAUCUACCUGGACAACUGUGUCUAUGACCUGUGCAUGAACGACGGGCGGAAGGAGAUGCUGUGCCAGGCGCUGACGAGCUACGCCGAUGCAACUGUCUCCGACUGGCGGACGCUGGUGGGGUGCCCUCUGCCCUGCCCGGAGACCAGCCAGUACCAGCCCUGCGGCUCCGCGUGUCCUGCCACCUGCAAUGACCGAGUGGCCCCUAAGAACUGCUCCCUGCCCUGCGUGGAGACCUGCCAGUGCCACGAGGGCUUUGUGCUGGAUGCUGGGAGGUGCAUCCCCCAGGCCGGCUGCGGGUGCGAGUUCCAGGGGCGGCUCUUCGCCCCCGGGGAGCAGUUCUGGGGGGACAGCACCUGCACCAGGCGCUGCGUGUGCGACCCACGGAGCAGGCAGGCGAGCUGUGAGGCCGCAGGGUGCCGAGCUGCGGAACAGUGCCGGGUGAGGAGCUACGCCAGCUGUACAGCCAGCGGGGACCCCCACUACACCAGCUUUGAUGGGCUCAGGUUCGACUUCCAGGGCAGCUGCCAGUACCAACUGGCCGGGCGGUGCCAGGGGCAGGAAGAGCUGGAGGAUUUCCAGGUCCUGGUGCAGAACGACAACAGGGGCCUCCAAGCCGUGUCCUUCACCAGAGCUAUGGAGGUCCGAGUGUACGGCGUGAACAUCACAGUCAGCAGGGACCAUCCAGGCAAAGUCCUGAUGAAUGGUGUACUCCUCAACCUGCCGUACAGCACGGACGAUGGCAGAAUCUCCAUGUACCGGAGAGGCCAGGAGGCAACGAUCUGGACCGACUUCCAUCUCACUGCCGCCUUCGACUGGCAGAGCCGGGUCACCCUCACUGCCCCCAGCACCUACGCCGGUGCCCUGUGUGGGCUCUGUGGGAACUUCAAUGGUGACCGGCGAGAUGAGCAGACCAUGAGGGACGGCAGGGUGGCCCCGAAUGCAACAGCCUUCGGGCAGAGCUGGCGGGUGGCCGAGACGCUGGGCUGCGUCGAACCUGAGAAGCCAGAGUGCUCCAACCUAGCUGCUGUCCAGAGACACCAGCGGCGAAUCCGCACAGAGUGUGGGAUGAUCCUGGACACGGCCGGGCCCUUCCGAGAUUGCCACCACAAAGUGCCUCCUGAGGAUUAUUUCCAAGACUGCAUCUAUGACUAUUGCUUCUUCAAGGGGCAGCAGGCCAUUGUGUGCCAGACCCUCACCAGCUACGCCGCGGCCUGCCAGGCUGCUGGGGUGAUGACAGAGCCCUGGAGAACUGACAGCUUCUGCGGCCUCACCUGCCCCCGGAACUCCCAUUACGAACUCUGUGGGAACGGCUGCCCUGCCACCUGCCACGGCCUCUCGGCACCAGAUGGCUGCGACGCCCCCUGUGCUGAAGGGUGUUUCUGCGACGCUGGGUUCAUCCUCAGCGGAGACCAGUGUGUCCCCAUCGCGCAGUGCGGCUGCGUGCACCACGGCAGGUACUACCGGAGGGGAGAGGAGUUCUACCCCAGCGCCUCCUGCCAGGAGUGGUGCCGGUGCCAAGACAGCGGGGUCGUCGAGUGCCAGGAGGCCUCAUGUGGAGCCAGCGAGCAGUGCCGGGUGGAGAACGGAGUCCUGGGCUGCUAUCCCGCAGGCAGAUGCACCAUGUCCGGCUAUUCCCACUACCUGACCUUUGACGGACAGGCUUUUGACCUGUAUGGCAAUUGCACUUACACCCUAGCCAGAGUCUGCAGCAGCGAUGCCGAGCUGGCAAACUUCUCCGUGGUGGUGGGGAAGGAGAGCGUGGGUGCUGGCCACGGGGCUCAAGUGAGGACAGUGGCGGUCUCCAUCCAUGGUUACUCCAUCACCAUGGAGAGGGGGAGGAAGUGGAGGGUCACGGUGGACGGCGAGCUCUACAACCUGCCACUGGCUAUGGAUGAGGGGAAACUUCUGAUCAAUCAGGAGGGGAACAACAUCAUUCUCCAGUCUGCCGCUGGCCUCCAGGUCCUUUACGACGCUGCCUCCUACCUCCUAGUGUCCGUGCCCCACGCCUACAGGGGACACGUGUGCGGCUUGUGUGGCAACUUCAAUGGGGACAAGAGUGACGACUUCCUGCUGCCCUGGAGGAGCUGGGCCCGGAGCGGGGAACUGUUCCCUGCUGCCUGGAAGGUAGACGGUGCCCCGUGCUCCAGUGGCUGCAAUGGCAGGUGCCCGGCAUGUGAUGUGGCCCAGACGGCGCCGUACCAGGCGGAGAGCUCCUGUGGGCUGAUCCAAGCCGCCUCAGGUCCCUUCAGAGACUGCCACUCACUGGUCAGCCCUGCCGAGUACUUCAGCCAUUGCCUUUAUGACAUGUGCACCGCCAACGGGACGGGAGAGACCCUCUGCCAGAGUCUGCAGGGCUACGCGGCCGCCUGCCAAGCCGCCGGGGCCAGGAUCAGAGCCUGGAGAACGGCCUCCUUCUGCCCUCUCAGCUGCCCUGCUAAGAGUCACUAUGACCUCUGCACCCACUCCUGCGAUUUCACCUGCGCCGGCUUGGCCCGUUCACCCCAGUGCACAGGGAGGUGUUUCGAGGGCUGCCAGUGUGACAACAGGCUGCUGUUUGACGGGGAGGAUUGUGUGUUUCCGGACAGCUGUGGGUGCUUCAGAGACGGGAGAUACAUCAAGUCAAUGGAGAAUGUGAUUUCUGCCAACUGCACCGAGAGGUGCUCCUGCACCCUCAGGAGCACCCUUGUGUGUCAGAGCGUGGCCUGUGAGACUGGACAGACAUGCGUGCUCAAGAACGGCACACACAGCUGCACACAGGAGCGGGACUAGUGAGGGCCAUGGAGCCCAGGAAUGGACAAGUUAGAAUGGGUAUGAUUGACAGCUAGCCUUUUAGUGUGUUCUGUGGUGCUCUCCUUUGCACGUGUGCACGGGCACCGUGCUUCUGAAUUAUUGUUUUUGUAAUAUUGUUGGCUGGCCACCAGAUGGCGCCAAUAUAAUAGUUUUGCCAGUAACUGAAUGUAUAGGUAAGUGCUGUUUGGUAGUUGUGGUGCAUUUCUUUCUGUCCUCAAUAAAGUGGUUCUUUCUGCUGCAG